AUGGCAGAAAGAGGUGGCUUUGGUUCCGGAUUUGGACGUGGAAGAGGACGUCGUUCUAAUCGUAAUAAGCCCAUGGAGGAUGAUUUUAAGUCAUGGGUCCCAGUAACUAAGUUGGGACGUUUAGUACACGCAGGUUUAAUCACCUCAAUGGAGCAGAUUUAUCUCCAUAGUAUCCCAGUGAAGGAGUUUCAGAUCGUAGACUACUUCUUCCAACCAGAGCGUAGCGAACAUAAACUUGUAGAUGACGUUGUUAAAAUCGUCCCAGUACAGAAGCAGACAAACGCAGGUCAGAGAACUCGAUUUAAGGCAUUUGUGGCUGUUGGAGACUGCAACGGUCAUGUGGGUUUGGGAAGUAAAUGCGCAAAGGAAGUUGCUACCGCAAUUAGGGGCGCAAUUAUUUCUGCUAAGCUUUCAUUAGUGCCAGUUAGGAUGGGAUACUGGGGAAAUAUGAUUGGAGAUCCACAUACAGUUCCUAUGAAAGUGUCAGGAAAGUGUGGGUCAGUAAGGGUUAGGUUAGUUCCAGCACCCAGAGGUACUCAGAUUGUGGGUGCUCCCACUACCAAGAAGUUAUUACAGUUUGCUGGAAUUAAGGACUGUUUCAGCACUAGCAAAGGUUCAACAAAGACCAGAGGUAACUUCCUCAAAGCUGUCUUCGCAGCUUUAAAGAGUACUUAUGGAUAUCUCACACCUGAUCUUUGGGACAAAACUGAAUUACAACCUUCCAUAUAUGAAGAGUUCUCAUCCUUCCUAUUAACUAAAUAA